GAAGGCAGACAGGGGGAGGCGCCGUUGUGAAAUGGAGAAGCGGGAUGGAAACAGCUGCGGCUUCAAAAAGGAGACUGUGAACAAGCUGCUCCAGCGCCACUUCAAAGAUGACAAAACACAAGUCAGUGAUGAUGCUCUGUGGCUGAUGGCAGAAUUUCUCAAAGUGUUUGUUCGAGAGGCCGCAGCACGAGGAGUACGCCAGGCUCAGGCAGAGGACCUGGCCAGAGUGGAUAUUGAACACGUGGAAAAAGUGCUGCCCCAGCUGCUUCUGGACUUCUAGAGAGUGAACAACGCAGCACAAGCAUUCUUGUUAGCACCGAAAU